AUAUACAGCAGCGUCGGUGGUUGAGAUGGAAUUCGAUAAGAUAGAUAUUAAUCAAUGCCCACCAGGUAUAGGAAAUAAUGGACCAAAUAUCUUUGCAGAUACGGCUAGGUGUAAAAAGGAAACGACAGAGUGCGAGCCAAUACAUGGAUGGGGAUUCCGUAGAGGUGGUUACCAAUGUCGUUGCCUACCAGGAUAUAGGCUUCCUUUACAUACGUCCAAGGCCGUUCUCGGAGAGAAGGUUGAAUGGGCAACUGCUGAACAGUAUCACAACGGAUUUGACUGUCAGAAGAUUGGAUCGAUUCAAAAACUACCCUUACAACGGGAACGUUCUGAGCCACAUUUAAGAGAAGUAGUAUUAGAUAAAUACACAGAGUCCAAGAACCAAUCUACUGCCCAGCCAACUUGAGCCAACCUGAAAUGAACAUCCAUCGGGUUUUAGAUUAUAUUGUAAGUAUGAACAAAGAUAAUUGCAGAAAGUACAAACCCGAAGACCUACAAUUAAAUGGAGGAAUCGUCCACGGAGCAAAGGAAUUUUUCGAAAAUGAAGCGAAAAUGGCACUCAGACUUGCAAACUUCAUUAGUGCUUUCCUACAAGUUUCCGAUCCUAAAGAAGUUUAUUCUGGGAAAAGAGUAGCCGAUAGGGAGCUCACAGAAGAUCAAAUGAUUGGAGAAACUUUGGCUUUAGUGUUGGGAAAUAGUCGCAUUUCGUCAGCUGGGACAUAUUGGGAAAGAAAUAAAUUUCCAAAUCGAACGCUCUUUGCACCUUAUGCUUACAAGAGAAUACUAAACACGAUGAAUUAUUAUAAUGUCGAAGAUUUAGCCAGACUGGACAAACCAUCCGAAGUUUACCUAAACAAUAUGUGGUUUAAAGAUUUAAAAUAUCGAUGGGCUUCUAAUUUAAAUAGUUUAGAAAAAUUCUGGUUGAAAAUUAUGAUACGAUUCAACGAGAUUGGAGAAACCACGAUGAAAUUUGAACAUUUUCCAACCUAUUAUAGAGGUGCAAGAUUAGAACAUGGACAUUGGACGCAACCGUACUAUGAUUGCUACGGAAAGGUUCCUAUGUGGAAAAUUAAGUAUGUGGUGCCAUUCUUUGGUUGGGACAGUCUUAAAGCCAAACUUGAGUUCAAGGGUGCAGUUGGUGUUACUAUGGAUUUAUUGAAAUUGGAUAUUAAUCAAUACCCAGAUACAUCAGCAAAUGCUGUUAAUAGUACAGAAAAAACCCAUCAGAAAACAUCUUAAAAACUUCAGUCGGACCGUUUAUGGACCAAAGUCAAAAUCGAUAACAUUGUAAAUCCAAUAAAAUUAAAAAUAUAAAACAUCUCUUUUAGAAUUUAG